AUGUCCAGUACAUCGUCACGCGAAGAUAUCGUUGCAACGACUUCGAGAGGACCGGAAAUUGCCCUGACAGAUACACGAGAGCAGACAAUUCUGGAACCUUUGACACCUGAGACGCCUGUGAAUCCUGCACAGACAGUCGCCUUGUUCAGGGUGGAACGCAGAUUGGCAAAAUUUGAACUCGUUGAACUGCUGAAAGGUGACGGAUUUACGGUCAAGAAAUUGCAAAUGGUGAUAGACCGCUUCAACUUCUGUAACAACAGUUUCGUAUUUGCGGAACUGGGAAGUGAAGAAGAAGCCAAAAGACUAGUCGAACAAUGGGGCAACCUCACAUCGUUACAUAAGUAUAUGGGAGGAGUCCAACAUAUAAAGCCCGACUUCGUGUGGUCUCGAUUGCCCUCGGAGACCAGAGAAAUAUGUCCUACUUCCAAACCCCGAUUCUUCAUUCCCCAAGGCAGUACAACACGCGAUGCCCUACGUCCUUUGGAGGAAGGCCGCCGAAUGAUGCUUUCGGUUAAGACACCUGGUUGGUUUCCCAAACUGCGUGUCGGUGAGGCUAGAGAGAAGAAUUUCGAGGUCAUCGGAAGAUUGUUGUCCAAGCACGGGAUUGAAGCCAUUAGUGGUCAUGCCCCCUUCUACGGUGAUAUGCAGCAAAUGCCCCGCCUGCUAUGCAUGAUGGACUUUGAGACUAAGGAAGGUGCCGAAAAGGCUUCUCUCGAGAUACACGAUACGGUCGUUGAGGGUCGACUAACGUGGUUGCGACCUGCAGAGCCUGCCCCGUGGAGAGUACACCAAUACGCAAAAUAUGACCCUGAAUAUGUUGCAGAACUUCAAGAGAAGGGCUUGGUGACUAAGGAGACUUACGAAGACAAAUUCGUCAACCCACUGCCGAAGAAGAAGAAAGCAAAAUCGAAGAAGAAGCAGGCGGAAUCAGGCGAGUCCAAGGCAGAAUUAAGCGAGACAAAGGCUAGCGAUUAG